AUGGCAACUAUUUACGAGAGAGUUGGUGGACACGCAGCUGUAGUUGCCGUCAUAGAUGGACUCUAUGCUAAGAUCCUUGCAAACCCAGUGACAGCUGCAGCCUUUGUCGGAAGAGAUGUCAAUCAUACUAAGGCAAUGCAAGUUGAGCUCUUUUCUCAUACUCUUGGUAGUGGUAUCCCAUACACCGGAAGAGAAAUGAUCCCAGUGCACACUGGACUCCACAUCACUAAGGAGCAGUUCGAUUUAGUGGCUGGAUUUCUGUUAGCUACUUUGAACGAGCUUCAUGUGGAUCAAGAAAUCGUAAACACUAUCAUGACUUUUGCAGCUUCAUUGGAACCUCAGAUUAUUAACCUUUAA